AUGCAUGGGCUGAUCCACGUCGUGCUGAAGGACUUCAUCCUCAGCCGGUUCGGCGAGGGCACCUGGAGGUCUGUUCUGGGGGAGCUGCGCGUCACAGACGACGCCGCGGUCCUGGACCUCAAGCAGUAUGACGACGCGAUCUCUGUGGCCGCGGUUCAUGCUGUAGUCAAGGUGCUGGCGACCACAUGGGACGAUGCUCUCAGGGCCCUGGGCGCCCAUCUUGUCGAGUACACCUACACCGGAGGCCACCUUCGCAUGCUGGAGAGCAUGGGGGACAACCUGAAGGAGUUCCUGCGCAACCUGAACCACAUGCACAACCACCUGGAGCGGAAGAUGCGCGGGUCGAUGUUCCCCUCGUUCCACAUCUCG